AAUGUAAGAAUUUUAAUGACACAAAGGCAAUAUUCAUGUGUAUUUUCUUUAGCCAUUACUUCACCGCCACUUCAUCACACUUGUCCAUGGUUUCCAAUAAUCCAAUUUAAGAUCUUCAACCCUAAUUUUCAUCAAUCAUCGUCUAAAUCUUCUUAUUUGCGUCAAAAUUCUGGUGUGCAAGUCGAUUUCUUUAUCGAUUUCACACCCAAUCUUUCAGUUUCCGUCAAUAUGUCGAAGGAAUUCAACGUUCCGCCUGUGGUUUUCCCCUCCGGUGGAAACCCCAACACCGGCCCACAACAACGUCGUCUCCCAACAGCACCGUUUCAGCCUGCGAGAUCUGCAAACGCCGGUAUCCCUUUCAUGUCAUUCGACAUCGGAUCGUCUCCGGCAUCCACAUCCUUCUCUACUCCCCAAUUCGGCAGCACCAUCAGCAGCGGCAGUACGAAUUUUGACGACGAGCCACCUCUCCUGGAAGAGCUAGGUAUAAACACGAAACAAAUUUGGAACAAAACCGUGUCAAUUUUGAAUCCGUUUAGAGUCAAAGCCGAUCUUCACGAAGACGCAGAUCUAUCCGGUCCUAUUUUGUUCAUCAUGGCAUUCGGAUUGUUUCAAUUGCUCGCCGGGAAGUUACAUUUCGGGAUUAUUUUCGGGUGGACAACCGUCGCGUCUCUGUUUUUAUACGUCGUGUUCAAUAUGCUCGCCGGACGAAACGGGAAUCUCGAUUUAUACCGAUGCUUGAGUUUGAUCGGUUACUGUAUGCUUCCGAUCGUGAUACUAUCUGCACUUUCGCUGUUUGUUCCCCAAGGUGGGGUGUUGAUCUUCGUGAUGACGGGGGUUUUCGUGAUGUGGGCGACGAGGGUUUGCACCGGUUUGUUGGUGGAGCUGGCUUCUUGUGGAGACGAACACCGUGGUCUCAUUGCGUACGCUUGCUUCUUGAUCUACAUGCUUUUUUCCUUGCUAGUUGUAUUUUGAUAUUGAUAUCGUCUGCUUCAUCAUAGUUUUUCGCUUUUUCUUGAUAGUGGUUGUAGUUGUUAGCUGUUGUUAAGUCCAGGUUUUGUGAUUAAUGAAUGCAAGUAUUUAUUCUUGUA